CGAGUUCUUUGUUGAUCACUUGAAUCCACUGGCCAGAGAGGGCUUUUCUUCUUUUCUUUUUCCCUUUCUACAAGAUACCCUGCCCUCCGCAUGUAUUCAUAAACCCAGACACACCUAUACAUUUGAUACGAAACUGUGUAUACGUACACCUUGUGAGGGGUUGAAUUUCUGUUCUUUCAUAGCAGAGGCUGAUCGCCGUUGAGAUGGGACUGCCAGACGGUCUAAAGGGCCUUAGGAGGCGCACUUUCAAAAGCUCAAAAUCAUUAGCCGAUGAUGAAUCCAUAUUCAGCCAACCUCCCAGCUACUGGUAUAAACUCGACCUCAACAGAAACACGAGAGCCCGGCGCAUAUUCGCCCUAACCGCUGCGUUCGCCUACCUCCUCUCAUUUAUUUUCCUCAUCCUAGUCGAGCUUGGGAAUACCUCCAAGAGCUCCAAGAUCCUGGGCGACACCUACUUCUUCAGACUUUCCCUGGCUGAUAUCAUCCCGGAAUCUGUUGAAAAUGCCGAACUCAUCAACUCCAUUGCCCGGGGGUUGGGCCUCCACGAUUUCUAUCAGCCCGGACUGUGGAACUACUGCGAGGGCUACAACGAUGAGGGCAUCACGUUCUGCUCCACGCCCAAGAGCUACUACUGGUUUGACAUAGUAUCCAUCAUCCUGAAUGAGCUCUUGUCGGGCGCUACCAUCGCCCUGCCCACGGAGCUCACCGAGAUCCUCAACAUCCUCAAGAUCUGCUCCCACCUCAUGUUUGCCUUCUUCCUCGCCGGGACGAUCCUGGCCUUCUGCCUCUCCGUCCUGUCCCCAGUGGCCAUCUUCUCACGCUGGGUGUCCUUGCCCAUGUCUCUCCUCUCGGGCAUCACAUUUGUGCUCAUCUUUGCCGGGUCGACAAUCGCGUCUGUUAUCAGCUUCGUCUUCAAGUACGCCGCCACCGCCCAGUCGUCCCUGAACAUCAAGGCAUAUGUCGGCGUCCGCAUGUUCGUGUUCAUGUGGCUGGCGACCGGCUUUGCCUUUGUCGCCUUCAUCAUGCACGCGGGCAUGGGCUGCUGCUGCACGAGCCGACGGGAUCUCAAGACGGGCAGGAAGCCCAUGCGCCACUCGAGCAUGCACAGGGCCAUUCAGCCGCUCCAACUCCCAACACGGCAGCGGCAGCGGCAGCGGCAGCGUUGA